AUGGCAUUACAUAGAAGCGUGAAAGUACAAUCAAAGGCUGAUCAAUUUGGAUUAACACAAAGUUCAAAGGGAAGAAAAAGAAAAAAGACCGGCGUAGGUAUAGUCGAAAAAUAUAAGAAGAGAACAUACGACAAAAUACGUCGAGGCAAAUACACAAAUCUAAUCGACAAAUUCGCAUCGAAACGUGCACGACAAAAAGAGGAUCAAUCUCAACCAGAUAGCGUGACGAAAAAAUACAGUGAAUCGAACAAUUCUGAGACCAAUUCUUCGUCAAAUAAAUCGGAAUCAUCUUCGAAAACUCUCAGUGAGAAAAUCUCAAUCAAUCAAUCAUCUCGUUCCAGCAUAAGAGAUUCAUUAUCAUCAUCUGAAGCGGCUGCGCAGAGUCGACAACGACACUCAAAUGAAAUUAUCUGUUCACGUUCUGAUUGCACCAAAAAAGAACGCAAGUGUACAUCAACUGACUUGGAUAUUUUUUCUACCGAUGAAAACAUUGAUAAAUUUGAGAUUGAAACUGAGGGUGUAUGUCCAAUAAUGGUGAAGCGCAGAGAAGAAAUAAGUGAAGCUGGAGCGCUUCAAAAGAAAUACAGAGAUGGUAGCGUACCCUUUUUCAAUUGCGAAACAAACAAAAACGAAUAUGAGCGUGGCUGGAUAUGUAACUCUACAAAUAUUCACACAUCAGCUACAUUUGAUUAUGGCCAUCCUCCCAUAAUCAUUGUAAAUAUUAAGCUAUUUUCAAAAAGAAUAGAUGAAGGCUAUGAACCAAAUCCAGUUCGACUUCGCGGUCUUAAAGACACCAUUAGAAUCUGUUCUAUUAAAUAUAAGCUGCGUGCCGUGAUUAAUCAUCGAGAUGUGCACUUUACCGCUACUCUAAUUGGUCCUGACAAAGAAUUGUAUAUAUAUGAUGAUCGACAAGGAGUUCGACCUACUCGCACUUCAACAGAGCGCGUCGAAAUAGCUGUGUACACGCAAAUCUAUGAAUAUUAG